CACACAUGCCCACGUACGUGAACAGUGUAUGGACAACACUGGCAUACGAACACGCGGACACAUGGAUGCACAAACACAUGCACACACUCAUGCGCGGACAAACACGUGAACACGUGAUUCAACAUGCGAACCCGUGCAAACAUUCACAAAUGGACACACGCGCACACACACUUCAACACGCACACACACUUCAACACGCGAACACACGCGCGCGGGCACAUGAACACACGCGUUCAUUACCCAUUGGCCGUCACGCUGCCAUGAGCCGCAGGCGUCGGGCCCCGGCCACCCAGGGGCAACUCGACUCCCUCAGCAGUCACGUGGGUGGCGCCCGGAGGUUUCAAUGGUUGGUGGAAGUUCACGCGGCUGCUGCCCACUGCUUUCGUUGAGGGUGGUGCUCUUUGUGCUUUAUUAAAAGUUUACACUCCACUUGGGCUCUCAACGCCACGAGACGGCGAGAGGUUACAGCUGCCAGCAGCGAGCAGUGAACUGCCCUGCGUGAGAACAUUUCUCCAGAAGAUGAUAAUGAGGUUCAUGGGCUCCUGGGACAGACGCGUCACUCAGCCUCUUCCUUCACAUGAGAGGCACCAACAAGCUCGCGUGGGUCGUGUCACGCGUUAUUGUAGUCGACUUAAAUCCAAGGAACAAAAGCAAAAUGAGCACAAUCGCAGUUGCUGAGCACAGGUCCAGUGGCCACAGAACGCCUCGCGGCAAGCAACAAAUAGCACCAUUGAGGUUGAAAUAUAUAUAUAAAUAAAGACCUUCAUCUGUAAACCUCUAGGGUAUUUCCCGACAAGGUAGAAAGCUGAAAUUUGUUACGUAGGUAGAUUUUAGGAUAGAAACAACAGGAGAAAUCUAAACAUCCUAGAUUUUUCAUUUUAAGGCCCCCAAAUAUCGAUUUUAAGUGCCCCAUGAGCAUGUUUGUGCCUGGUGUCAUUCGGACACCGUUCAAAAUAUAAGAUUGAGUGUUUUUGUUUGAGAGAGCAUGAAACAUCAAAUCACAUUUAAGCGAGAACCAUUGUUCUAUCUUUUAUUGUUUGAGAUGUUUCGGAUUCAAGCGGUUUUGAACAAAAAAAAACGCAUUUUAUGAUAUUCAAAUCUGAAUAAUUAGAAAAUGGUAAAAAGUAGAGAAGCUUUCCCUCAGGGUAUUAAGUUCAUACAUUUUUUAGAUUUCUAAUAAAAAAGAACAGAAUCUUUAAAUCUAGCAGUUUCUGAUGGGUAUUUUUUAAAUAUAAGAAGUUUAAUCAAGUCGUCAACAAUCUUUGCGUUUUUUUUGCGGAAAUGUUUUUAAGUAGUUGUUCACGUCUGAUCGUAGAUACAAAUUUUAUAAAUCAUAUCAGGUCAAUUAUUAUAUUUGUUGAAAACAUUUGCCGAGCAAAGAAAGCCUUUAUGAACUAGUUGAAUAAUAAGAGUGAUCACACUUCUUGAAUUGAGCAAGGCUUUACACAGCUUGUAAGGAGAGACGGCGGUGAGGACAUUCCAGAGUCACUUAGAAUCAAUAGAUGCGGUCGCUUGCAGGCCUCCCAUCGUCACGUUUAGUUUCCUGCCGCAGUCAAACAAGAACCAAGGCGUAAAGCGUUCCCCUCACCCCAAGACGAUUCCCCUCUAACUUUUAUUUUCUACGCUUUUGAGUUGAAUAUUUAACAGAACAUUGAUGCGUUUUUAAUCGCCCGCCGUGGAAUAUAAAACAACAACCACCCACACAGCACGGAGUCCGAGCCAGGCACCGACUCUGCCAGGGGAUCGUUGGUUGAUGGAGAUCCAGCCACGAGUCUGGCUCCGCUUGCCGUGACUCACGCGUAAUCCGCGAGGCUGCAUCCACUGAGCCGAACCAACCGCACUGGCGUCGCCAAGAUGGCAGCUGGCAAGCUCGAACUGCAGAUGGGCCACACGGGUGCAGAUCGACGACUGGUGGAUAGAUAAAUGGAUGGACAGGAUUAGAUAGACGGAUGGACAGACAGGAAAGAUGGACACGAUAUUUCCCAGUCAUAGCAAUAAUGGCCACACCUUGUGAGCCGAGUAAAACUGAUUCAAUUCUUCACUCAGAGAGGCCUCGUGCUGGGUGGGUAGCAAUACCUCGUGCUGGGUGCGUUAUGGCCCGGCCGGAGAGAAUGGGCUGUGCCCACAAGCGGAACUCUCAGCCCGGCAAGACGCCGCCAGGCGAAGAUGCCAAUAGACGGAACACUCGCAGGACACAACCACGGUGAAGUGACAUUCCCCACGGCCGAGAACGGAGGCUGCCCGGAGCGAACUGAGAGACGGAGCCACGCGCCACAUUCGUGGAGUCAGGGAGAUGGGACGUUGGGUGCAGUGGCCGCGACUCCAGCGGCCGCCCGGCGCUGCCUGGUGCCGCGUGCUGCUCACGAGGGGGCAGGGGGCGUCGCGUGCGCUUCACGGGGCGGGGGUCGCGCUGCGUAUAAAUCCAUGGAUCCACGAUGGUCUGGACCCGAGCGCCACGAGGGGGAGGCGAUGCCGGAAGAGAAGAGGCGGAGCCGAGUGAUGCCUUGAGCCACGCCGAGUCGGGCGACUCGCGCAGAGGAGGACACCUCGGAGUGACAAAGCUGCUGCUGCUGCUCAAGUUGCGGUGCCGGCGCCGGCCAACAUGCAAGUCAGCGUGCUGUCCGAGAGCAGCGUCAAGGUGUCGUGGAAACCAGCGCGUGGGCGGUUCAAGGGGUACCGCCUCAUUGUGCUGCCCAGCUCGGGCGAGGGCUCCCCACAGGAGAUGACGCUGGCACGCGACGCCACGGGGGCGGUGGUGCGCGAACUGGAGGCCGGCGUUGAGUACAUGGUCAGCGUGGCCGCGUAUGGUCCUCACGGGGAGAGCACGCCGCUCGUCAAGCAGAUCGUCAUUGAAACAACAUCAGCCUCUCUGGCAGAGGCGCCGAAAAUUCAGAAGGAAAAAGAAGAGAGCAGCAGCCCCACGCACAUCAGAGGCUGCCCGCCGGACGUGCCCGCGGAGCUAGUGUUCGUGGUGGACGGCUCGCAGGGUGUGAGCCGCGCCAGCUUCCAGCGCGUCAAGGCGUUCGUGUCGGCACUCGUCUCUGCCUUCACCUUGGGGCCGGACCGUGCGCGCGUCGCCCUUGUGCAAUUCUCGGGCGACGCGCGCCUCGAGUUUGCGCUGCACCGCUACCGCAGCAAGGCGGAGAUCUACAAGGCCCUGCGCGCCGUCACACUCAAGGGUGGCAGCGCUACCAACACGGGCGAGGCGCUGCGCUUCACCCUGGCCUCGGUGCUCACGGCGGCAUCGGCGGAGGGCGGCGGUGCGCGGCGCCGCGUGCCGCAGCUCGCCGUGCUCAUCACCGAUGGCCCGGCCGACGACGGCGCCGACGUCGCCGAGCACGCACAGGAGCUGCGCGACGCCGGCGUCGAGCUUUUCGCCAUCGGCGUGGCCCAAGCGAACAAGAACGAGCUGCGUCUGGUGGCGUCGCCGCCGCUCUCCACGCACGUCUUCUCCGUGCGGGGGUUCGAGCAGCUCGAGUCGUCUCAGGGCGUCGUCAUCGGCCAGAUGUGUGCCGGCGUGGAGGCGCAGCAAGCGCGCAUCGAGGAAGAGACCAGCCAAAUCCUACCUCCCCAGAACCUGCGCACGCUGGAACGGACGGGCGACUCGAUCCGCCUGGGCUGGGACGCGCCGGGCCCCGAGGUGUCGAGCUACCGUGUGUUCUACCAGCCUGUGGGCGACGACGAGGGCACCGCGCGGCGCGAGGCGACAGCGCCCGGGGGCGCCACGCACGUGCAGCUGUCGCGCCUGCAGCCCGACACCGAGUACCAGGUCAGCAUCUAUGCCGUGUCGGGCCAGCGCUCCAGCGAGCCGCUCGUCGUCACCGAGAGCACCACCGAGGACCACGGACGAGGGGAGCUGACCCCGCCAGGCGACGUGGUGCUGACGGAGGCGUCAUCACGCAGCCUGCGAGUGUCCUGGUCGCCCGCGCGCUCCUCUGUGCGGCACUACCGCAUCGAGUACCGGAGCCUGGUGCCCGGAGAUGACAGCGACGAAGACGAGGAGGAUGAUGAGGACCGGGAGCGGCCGAGCCUGCAGGAGGCCGAGGUGGAUGCGGCAGUGACGAUGCUGGCGCUGAGCGACCUGCAGCCUGAGACGCGCUACCGCGUGCACGUCGUCGCCGUGUACGACGGGGGCGAGGCUGUGUCAGGGGCCGUUGAGGAGACCACGCUCGAUGAGCGGGGCUCCCCGAGCGGCCUGGAGGUGGAGGAGCGCUUGUCGGACAGCGUGCUCGUGCGCUGGCUCCCCUCGCCGGGCCGCGUGCUCUCCUACCGCGUGCGCUACGCGCCGCUGGAGGGAGGCGCGGGGGCGGCGGAGGGCACGGGUGGGGAGCGUGCGGUGAGCGGCGAGCUCGUCGGCGCGCGGCUCGAGGGCCUGGCGCCCGGCACGCGCUACCGCGUCACGGUGAUCGCCGAGUACGCGACCGGGCUCAGCGACCCACUCGUCGCCGACGUGGAGACGCUGGGCGAGACGGGCGGCGUGACGGAGCUGCGAGUGCUGGAGACCACAUGGGGCAGCCUGCGCCUCACCUGGAGCCCUGCGCCGGGCCCAGUAGCCCGCUAUAACCUGCGGUACUCGGCACCGACGGCGGAGACGGAGACCGCGGGGGGGGAGGAGGCCGGCAGCGGGCUCUGGGACGUGGGCGCGGGGCCCGGGCUGGGCGAGCAGCAGGCCAUCCUGCGGCCCGAUGCCACGGGAGCUUGGAUACGAGGCUUGAGGCCGGAAACGACGUACGCCAUCUCCGUGAUGGCGGAAUAUGCGUCGGGAGAGGGCGAGAGGGCCUCCGUGGAGGGCACCACGCUGCCAGAGAUGGGGCCGGUGUCACUCCUGGAGGCCUCGGACGUGGCGGCAGACUCCGCAACGGUGUCGUGGGCACCAGCGCCGGGCCACGUCGAGGCGUACAGCAUUGAGUUCCGCUCGGCCGCCGGGGACGAGCACGGCGCUCGUGACGCGGUGGCGCGGGCGACAUCCGGCGCGCUCGACGGCCUCACGCCCGGCACGGCAUACCAGGCCGUCGUUACGCCCGUGUACGCCGACGACGAGCGGGGCCCUCCCGCCUCCGUCAACUUCACGACCGAAGAUUCGGCAGAGGCACGCGCGCUCCGCUUCUCGCACAUCACCCCGGCGAGCGCGCGCGUGCUCUGGAGCGCUGCCCGCGGCGCCGUUACGCAGUACCGUUUAUCGUUCCGUGCCGCCAGCGGGCCCGGCAAGGCGGUGGUGCUCAAGGUGCCCGGCGAUGCCACGACCAUCCCGCUGCGUCGCCUGCGGCAGAACACCAACUAUGACGUGCUGGUGUACCCCGUGUACCGCUCCGGGGAGGGCCAGCCCAUCAAGGGCCGCUUCUCCACCGUGCCUACGGUCAAGUUCCGACCCCCGCGCGACCUCCGCGUGACGGAUGCAUGGGCGAGCAGCCUGCGUGCGUCGUGGCGCCCGGCGCCAGGGCCCGUGGUGGCGUACCGCGUGGCCUACGCUGCCGAAGACGAGGACGCGGCCUUGCCUCGUGAGGUGAUCGUCGGGCCGCACGACUCUACGGCCGUUAUCGAUGACCUCCGGCCUGACACGGCGUACGUGCUGAGCGUGCACGCCAUCUUUGCCGAUGGGGAGAGCCUGGGCCUCGAGGGGAAGGCCUCGACUGGCGACAUGGAGCCGGAGCCACCGACUAUGGAGCCGGAGCCCUCAGGCGGGCGCUUUGCGUGCUCGGCGCCACACGCUGACAUUGUGCUGCUGCUGGACGGCUCGUGGAGCAUCGGGCGCCACAACUUCCGCCUCGUGCGCCAGUUCCUCGAGGCGCUCGUGCACGCCUUCGACGUGGGCGCCGGCCGCACGCGCGUCGGCCUGGUGCAGUACAGCGGGGACCCACGCACCGAGUGGAACCUCAACUCGUACCCCACCAAGGGGGCCGUGGUGCAGGCCAUCAGGGGCCUGCCCUACAAAGGGGGCAACACCCUCACCGGCCUGGCGCUCUCCUACAUCCUCCAAAACAGCUUCACGGUGAAGGCGGGAGCACGGCCCGGCAUCCCCAAGAUCGGGAUCCUGGUGACGGACGGCAAGUCCCAGGACGGUGUGAAGGGGCCCGCGCGCAGCCUCAAGGACGCUGGCGUCGAGCUCUUCGCUAUCGGCGUGAAGGAAGCGGACGAGGCGGAGCUGAAGGAGAUCGCGUCGGAGCCGGACGAGAUGCACGUGCAUAACGUGGCCGACUUCGCAGCCAUGAGCUCCAUCGUGGGCAGCCUCACCAAGACGGUGUGCGCGCGCGUCAGCGAGCAGGAGCGGGAGAUCGUCGCUGCGGCGAGCAUUGCCGAUGCCGGCCCCCAGGCCCCGCGUGACCUCGUGACCUCGGAGAUCACGACCACGAGCUUCCGCGUGUCCUGGACACGCGCACCGGGCCGCGUGCUCAUGUACCGCGUCGUCUUCUACCCCACCAAGGGCGGCCAGCCUGACGAGGUGGUGGUGGACGGCUCAGCCAACUCGGCCGUCUUGCAGAACCUCCUGACGGCCUCCGAGUACCAGGUGGCCGUGUUCGGCGUCUACGCCAGCGCGGCAAGCGAGGCCCUCCGUGGCUCUGAGUCCACCCUGGACCUGCCCCCUAUUCGGGACCUGCGGAUCUUUGACGUAACGCACAGCAGCAUGCGCGUCGCGUGGGAGGCGUCCCCGGGUGCUACAGGUUACCUGCUGCUCUACUCGGCCAACGCGGGCGGAGAGGAGGGUGAUGCCAAGGAGCAAAAAGUGGGAGCGGGGUUCACGGAGAUCGAGCUGAGCCGACUGACGCCGAGCACGGAGUACACGGUGACGCUGUACGCCAUGUACGGCGAGGAGGCGAGCGACCCGCUCACUGGCCAGGAGACCACGCUUGCACGAGGAGCCGCUGCAGCCACGCCAAAGAUGCCCACAAGCAAGAUGCCCACAGGCAAGCCCUCCUCGUUCCACCUCGUUAAGGAAAGAGUCGACGUUAGCUCAUCAUCGGCCGGCCUGGCGGCUCCCAGCAACCUGCACGUGUCCGAGGAGUCGUACGACCGGUUCCGUCUCUCCUGGGAGGUCCCUGGGGACUCCUCCGUGCUGGGAUUCCGCGUCGUGCACCGUCCCUCUGCGGGAGGCGAGGAGAAGGUGCUGUUGGUGGGAGCGGGCGUCAGCUCGGUGUUGCUGCAGGGCCUGCGCGCCGGCACGGAGUACAGUGCCCACGUGCACGCCACCUACAGCACGGGCGAGAGCGUCGGACUCACGGGGCUCGCACGCACACGGCACCUGGGCAUCAACCACCUCUUCGUGUACGAUGUGAGAGCCACGGGGUUCUGCGUCGAGUGGCAACCCCAGCGCGACGCCACUGCGUACCGCGUCGUGCUGCAGGAAGCUCUAGGCGGUCCCCAGCAGGACGUGACGCUGUCCUCCAGCGUGAACGCGCACUGCUACUACGAGCUGCUGCCUGGCACCGAGUACCGCGUCGGCGUCCACGCGCAGGUGCGGGAGGCGGAGGGCCCAGCCGUCAACGUCACGCAGCGGACACGCUCCGUGGUGACCGAGGCUCCCUACACGACGCCCAUCGGGGCUCCUCCCACCACCGCCCCGCAGCCUCGCGAAGAGUGCCGCUCGGCCCGCGCCGACCUCGUCUUCCUGGUGGACGGCUCGUGGAGCAUCGGGGACGACAACUUUCACAAGGUCAUGAGGUUCCUGGGCAGCCUGGCGGGCGCGCUGGAGAACAUCGGCCCGCACGGCACGCAGGUGGCCAUGGCCCAGUUCAGCGACGACGCGCGCACCGAGUUUAACCUCAACGUUCACCGCAGCCGGGAGUCUCUGCUCGACGGGAUCCGCAACGUCCGCUACAAGGGGGGCAACACUAAGACAGGCCGGGCCAUGAAGCACGCACGCACGGAGAUGUUCGUGUCGGAGUCUGGGAUGCGCCGCGGCGUUCCCAAGCUGCUCGUCGUCAUCACGGAUGGGCGCUCGCAGGACGAGGUGACGCGCAUUGCCAAGGACGUACAGCACGAGGGCUACAGCGUCUUCUCUAUCGGCAUCGCGGACGCCGACGUGGCAGAGCUGACGAACAUCGCGAGCCGGCCCAGUGAGCGGCACCGCUUCUUCGUCGACAGCUUCGACGAUUUCAGGAAAAUCGAGAACGAGCUCAUCGGCUUCAUGUGUGAAGCGGCCUCUGCAACCUGCCCUCCAGUCUACCUCAACGGAUACUCCGUGGCAGGCUUCAAGAUGAUGGAGGCAUUUGGGCUGGUGGACAAGCUGUACUCGUCCCUGAGCGGCGUGUCCAUGGAGCCCGGCUCCUUCAAUGCCUUCCCGGCAUUCCGCCUGCACAAGGACGCCAUGCUCUCUCAGGCCACCAGGGAGCUGCACCCCGAGGGGCUGCCGCAGGAGUACACGGUCUCGUUCAUGCUGCGCAUCCUGCCCGACACGUCGACGGAGCCGUUUAGCGUGUGGCAGGUGCUCGACAAGGACAGCUCCUCGCAGGCCGGCGUGCAGCUCGACGUCGGCGGUCGCACCCUCACCUACUUCACGGUGGAUGAGGAGGGGAAGCCCCAGUUCAUCUCGUUCGACGGCCCCGACGUGCAGAGGAUCUUCUUUGGCUCCUUCCACAAGGUGCACGUGACGGUGGCCAAGCAAAGUGUGCGCCUCUUCGUCGACUGCACGCUCAUCGCGGAGAAGCAGAGCCGCGUGCCGGGGAACGUGUCGCUUGAUGGCAGUGAAGUGCUAGGCCGGCUUGCGCGCUCCACACCCAGCGCGCCAAAGUCCGCCACGUUCCAGCUGCAGAUGUUCGAGAUCGUGUGCGGCACCACCUGGCCCGCCAAGGACAAGUGCUGCGAGCUGCCGGCGCUGAGAGACGAGGCGACGUGCCCCACGUUGCCGCUCGCCUGCUCCUGCGCCCAGGACAGCAAGGGGCCCCCCGGACCUCCAGGGCCCCCCGGAGGGACUGGCCCCAAGGGUCCGAGAGGAGAGAACGGCGGCAUCGGGCCCCAGGGGGCAAUGGGUCCACGGGGGGAGCAAGGACCCCCUGGCUCUCAGGGACAGCCUGGACCUCAAGGCCCCAAUGGAAUAUCAAUGGAGGGAGAGCCGGGCCGACCGGGUGAGAAGGGAGACCAGGGCCCGGCCGGACAUGCAGGGCCCAUGGGUCCCUCUGGCCCUCCCGGGCAGCAGGGCAGGGAGGGCUUGCAGGGCCCGCGGGGCCCUCCGGGGAAGGAAGGUGGACCUGGAUUGCCAGGUCAAGCGGGGCCCAUGGGCACGUCAGGAAACCCUGGACCCCCGGGGCCGAGCGGCAAACCUGGCUUCAACGGCGAGGGUGGACUUCAGGGCCCAGCAGGAACGAAAGGAGAAAAGGGAGAGAGGGGCGAUGCUCAGGGACAGAAUGUGGUGCGGAUGCUCGCGCGGCAGGUCUGCGAGCAGAUGAUCAACAGCCACAUCAGCCGAUUCAACAGCAUCAUAAACCAGAUCCCCAGCAACAACCACCACCAUGUCCGGGCCCUGCCGGGGCCCAAAGGGGAGGCGGGACGCCCAGGGCCCCCCGGGCCGCCUGGGGAGCCGGGGCCUCUGGGUCGCCCGGGUUUCCCAGGGUCCCCCGGUAUGCCUGGUCGCGGCGGGGAGAGAGGCCUCGCUGGAGAGAAGGGCGAGCGGGGAUCCACGGGCAUUGGAAGUUCAGGACUGCCCGGCCCUCAAGGUUCUCCAGGCUCCCCUGGAGAGGGUCGGCAGGGUUCUCCGGGCCCUGAGGGAAUGCGAGGGCCCCCGGGGCCUCCAGGCUCCUUCGGUUCGCCUGGGCUACGGGGCUCGCCGGGCCCCAACGGCUACUGCGACGCGUCGAUGUGCGGCGGCUACAACAUCGGAGGUGACCACAACUCCGAGGGAGGAGGAAGAGGAGGCCGCCAGCAGCCCGCGGCGCCGCCGCCGAGACGGGGCGACUCGCCCGGCGAGGAGGGCGGAGACGAGGGCGGCGAGGAGGACGCGGAGGAGGAGGAGGGGCGCUACGGGGACUACGCGGGGCCCUACGGCCACCACGAGGGCGCCUACGGGGACGCGGCGGACGGAGCAGCGGGGCUGGAUGAGGAGGAGCAGGUGCCGUCUCCCGGGAUGACUCGGUGGAUGGCUCGUUUCCGCCGCUCGCCACGAUAGCGCCCGCGACCGCGUGAUCUCGGUUAUGGCAGACACGGGAGUUCAUUAGCUGCACUGUGAUGAGUCGUCUUGCACCGCACAGCGCCUUCAGUUGCUGAGAGUUGCUCCUACCUCUCCCCUUCAACCGCCCCUACACUUCCACCUGCACCCUCUAGUCUCACUCUACUCCCCUCUACACUUCCACCUGCAUCCUCUAGUCUCACUCUACUCCCUUCUACACUCUCUCCGCUCCAGCCAUCACGGCUGUCUUGUCUUGAUUCGCCCAGUGGGAGGUCGCUCAUUCUCCUCUGCUGUCCAGAAGGCCUUGAGUUGUCUUCCCCCAGACACCCGUGCUGUCAACUCCCCCAAAGUCCGGAUAGAAUUCCCUCUUCUCCGUUCCUUGACCCCUCCCUGUCCAAUGGGUGCGCCCACCGCUUGUGCAGAGCGCUCGAUGUCCGGCUGCCUGCAGGUGCUGUUCGGAAUCACCCUCGGUGAGAUUCGCUGUCCUUCUGCCGUAGCCGACGUGACGAGUCUGCGGAAUCGCUCUCAGUUUUUAAUUUUACUUUUCGGGUGUUUUUAGUCUGCAGAGGAAACUUCAGCUUUGCCUCCGCCUGAGAGCGGCUGUGCUGUUUAUCCGGACUGUGUCGGGGUGUCACCUCGUGUUGUUGAUGUUCACGAGGGCACGAGUUCUUCAUUGGAGUGAAGUAACGCGCUCCGAAAUUGGGACUAAUUAAUCUCCAAACACGAGAUAGAGGGCGCCACCACCUUCCCGUUCACCAAUUACAAUAGAUUUGCUUACAAUGCAAAUCGAAGCCAUUAUUUCCAAUGUUUGCAAAUAACAACUUGACUAAUCACGUGGCAUGUGUAAGGAGAACACUUCUCGUUUACCCCACCCGCCUGAGAGAUUCAGAGAGGCCCAGGGAACCGCAGACGACACCGCAAGGCGGCAGCCAGAAGCUGCGCCGACCAACUUGUGUAGUCCUCGAUGUUUUAGGGUUGGCCAACUCCAGAAAUUAUGAUACGAUAUGCUCCCGUCACACUGAGGCUAAUAGAGUGAACAAGAUUUUUACAAUGGUGCUUACUAAUAAUGGUGUUAAAACACAGGGGAGGACAGGUAACUAAAAUUCCGUUAUUGUUUUAACAAUGAACUAAAUGUAAUAUGAGAUUAACUGUCGUGUUAUUUUCUCCAGGUCUCUGAGAUGAGCUCGUUUAACGCGUUUUCUAAAACACGGAGAUCUCCAAAAUCGUUUGGGUCGAACCUGUAGCAAAGUGAUUGCAGCAAAGUGAUUGUAGCAAAGUGAUUGUAGCAAAGUGAUUGUAGCAAAGUGAUUGCGCUUACCGGACCUGGCGCGCAGCGUCGUCUCCGUGUCUCUCCAGCCCAAGGGAUUCAGCGGUGCACAAGCACAGACAGCAACAACUCAACACAUUCACCAAUAAUACUCGCCUUGAAUGGAAAUUAAUAUACAAUAGGCGACAUUUUUGGCAAUGACACUAAUGCAUUGCAUAUUAAGAAGGGCUUUGGCCCAAAACGUUGCCUAUUUUAUGCAUAUAUUAUCCUGGUAAGGUGACGAAUGUGUUAAGUUUUUACGUCCACGGCUGAAGAAUAAUGUGGGGAAAUUACUAUUCUCGUGACGAUGAAGUCACGGUGUAAGCUGCGAGUGGCUUGGGGAGCGAGAGUUCUCCCAGGCAGGGCUAUGGGGCACCCACGGUGAUGGUGGUGACGAUGGCCGCGUGUACGGCCCUUGAGGGCGACCCCUGCAGCAGGACCACGGCUGCGUGAAGCCACUCGCCGUUCUCUGUGUGGGACCACGGACCUCUCUCUAUCAGCCCUGGCACUCCCAUUCACCUGCAUUCUGAGCCAGUUCCACAUCAGGGGCCGAAACGCAUCGCCCAUCCUUAGCAAUGGAGAAAUCCGCAUCGGCACGUCGUAGCUAAAGUCGGACGACUCGGAAGGUUGUCCAACACUUGUCCUGUGUUCUAAGUCUACCUCUUACACCUGAGCUGAAAUCUCAUCACAAAGUUCACAACUUGCCAUUGCGAGUGGUGGACGUUCUGAGAUCACGUUCCCUUGUUGGAACCGUGUGCACGUGUCCACAAGAGGACGGGUUUCUCAGUGGCGUGCGUUAUGAGAUGUGCUCAUGUUGUUAGACUAGCCCUGAUCAUUACCAGUCCGAGUACUGGCCGAUAGCGAUUAGCAUCUCAUAUCCAAUGUGAUCGCGCGCAUUCAGGGUGAUUUGGUGCGAAGCUGGGCCACUGCUUGCCCAGCUCAAGGGGGUUUCGUACCCGGUGCUUAUAAACGUGAGCAGAGAGACCUUGAGUGUCGCUGGUUGUUACUGAGCCACCUCUAAUAGUCCAGCAACCAGUCUUAAGUUAUUUCCUGCUCAUAAUAACGUUGGGGUGGUGCUCAUCUCCCGUUUAUAGCCCGAAGCCAGAGGGUGAAAUUCCAAAUUUCUAUGGCGGGGGCGAGUUCAUUCGCAUACAAAUCACUAUCCACCUCGGGGGGGGGGAUGGUCGUUUGAAUCGACUCUCAAUCAGGAUGUGAACUCACAACCUUCCUAUUGCAAGCCGAUAGCUCUACCUCUGUGCCACCUGGCCAGUUAAUUCAUUCUAAAGCCAAGGUCAACGUCUCUACAGAAUCAAUUGAGCAAUGGGACAACACAAUAUAUUCGCCAGGAUAGUGUUGGAAAUUCCACAUUGUCAUGGCGAGGGUCAAUUCAUCCUCGGGAUGACCCUUGCAGACGUCACACUCAAGUGAUAAUGACGUUAAUGACCGCCCCAUCACGAAAUUGAAAGGUCUGUAUGAUUACGGCACAGGUGUUCUCACUCGAGCAGCGGUUCUUAACUUUCACUGCAGCCUUUGGUUCUCAAUCGUAAAAAAAUAUAAUGUUAAUAAAUACAUACUUAGUUUUUUUUUAUAAAACAAAGGAAGUUGUUACUUUACAUGCCCGUGUUUAAUUUGUGUUUCGAUGAUUUACCUUCUAAACAAUUCUGACACGUCUCACACCCACCGAAAGGGCAUUCCACACCCCCAGGGUGUGCGUGCACUCCAGGUAAGAACCACGAGAGACAGGCAGAUGCACGUUGUAAACGUUCCGACAGACGCAUGCGUGUCAACUCGUGAUAUGCAACCCCCUGCUCAGCAAGGCUUAUCGCGUUCCUGGCUUGGAGAGGAAAACAAUGCCUCCGUCUCCUGCUGGACCAGAUUUCCACGAACGUAGAGAGGCAUUCUCAAUCAGCAGUUGAUCAGCAAAGUCCAUGAAUUUAAUUGGUCUAAUUAAACGCACUCUAACAUUGGUAUUCGUGACAACAACCGGUGUGACACAAGCCCGUUCAUCACCGCGUGAGAUGUUCACCGUAACAAGGAGAUUGUUCUUUGGUUCUUUCGGUUAAGUCACGUCUAAAGAUAAAAUAAUAUUAUUUUAUCUUUAGAUGUGACUUAACCGAAAGAACCAAAGAAUAAUUCCUGCAGUCACGAAAGCUCCAUAAUUAAGGAGAUUGUUGUCAUCAUUGGAUUGAUAUUUCCCACGGUCACUCUCGGCUUAGGUAGGCACAAAACCCAUCGAGAAAAGGGAGGGGAAACGACUGCUAAUUAGACCCUGACGUUUUAAAACCUGUUGGUUGAAUGACUAAUUGAAGUGUCCAUUCCGACCCAGAGGCCCAUUGCAGAUGCUCGACUUUUCUUUUUAAACUCAGGUACUCAGCGAAUACCCAAAACGUCAAGUAGCCAGCAACAAACAGCACUCUUAUCAGUCGUCAUUGAUAAGAGUGUGGCACGUUUGAGAAAGGUUAUUAUUGUCAAGGCUUGGGAAUUUAGACGACGGCAGGGAAUUCCAGAGUGGAGCAGAGCGAGUGAAGAAGCUGAAAAGUGAGGCGACCUGCAGUGUGGUGGGUGAGUUGGUGGGUGAGUUGGUGGGUGAGUGGGUGGGUGAGUGGGUGGUGUUGCGGUCGAUCGCGGUGCUGGCUACCCACCCCCUCGUGUGCCGUUCGGGCCUUCAAACAGCACUUUCCCCAACAGUCUGUUGAGGGCUAUUCGUGAGAUAUUCGUCUUCGUGUUGACCUGCAGUGUCGUGGUUGAACACAGUAUGAAUGAAACGAAACAGUCCGGUUAGAGCGACUGGCCGCACUGCCGGUACGCACGCGAAUUCGCAUUCACAGAGCUGCGAUGGAGGAGGAGGGUGACCGAGGAGGGUGACCCGGAAUGUGGACCGAGUUUGUUCAUCGCGUGCAGUGUAGCUGUGGGCCACGUGAUCUCUGCUUCACGCUCGCAAUUGCCCUUAACGUCACACUAAAGUAUCCGAAACCCCGAGUUGAUAUGAAGGUUAUUCCACGUAUGCGGGUUCAGCCCCACAUUUACAAUCUCCAGUGAGGUCAAGGGUUCAAAAGAAAAUGUGGAGUUCGCCAUUGUUGUCUGACGUGUUCUGAGAGCCGAAUUGUAAUAGCUGUGGAUUUUAGACUUUCAAAUCUCAUAUUCACGUAUAUUAUCUACGUGACUUUACCGAAAGAACUAAUAAUAUGAAUUCCUGCAGUCACGAAAGCUUGAAGUCCAAAUUUCAAAUCUCAAUUUACGUUUUAUUAUUCGAGCACCAUUCAGAUACCAGAUAGUGUGUAGGCCUAAGUUGACAAAUAGUAACGUUAAUAUUACGAUUAAUUUGAAAAAAUAUUUUUUCGAAUACUUGUACAGUAUCGUGAAUUUCAGCUUCCCCUCGAUCGGUUCUGUGCCCACGUUUUCUUCCCGAUGGCCAAUGCAGAGCAACUCAUCGAUAUUCCGUUGUAAGUGAGUUAGCCAUUCGAUUGCUUUGAGAGUUGGUGGAUUACAGACACUGCCACCCACUCACCUCCUCGCUUAACGCCUGCGCGUGUACAUUUGAGGCAGUGCGGAGUGACAUGGUGUGUGUGGUUUGGUGGUCGUGGUCACAGUCGCGCAAGGGAGAGAGUGACUCGUAUGCCAACUGAGCCUGCAGCGUUGGUGGGGAAUGUUUAUCUGGAGUAACUUACAAUUACCUCGCUAUCGUCGAACCCCUGUCGUGUUCUAUAAGACGCUGCUGAUGUGCCCAGACCUGUUACGGUCACUCCGCAUUGCGUGGCGCCAUGCACGUGCGCGGCUUGUGGAGAAUCAGAGCCCCUGGGGCGUGCAAGGGAGCGACGAGCAAGCUGCUCACCACGAUGGAUGUUGUUCCUCUUCAUUUUGUUACUGUUGAUUUUGCUUUACACUUGUUGAUUUGUGACGGUCGCCUCGAUGAAUAAACACUUAGGGGUCGCAUAGUU